UGCCGCGGUCAGCUGAUGUUAGAAAAGGCUUUUCUCUGAAGUGCUGGCUCAUUGUUGUUCAUUAAUUUAAGCUUUUCUCCUGCGGAGCUCUUCGGAAGUCUUUACCUGAGCAACAUGCGGCUCCCUGUGGGAUUUGUGUGCGCUUUGGCGGCGUUGGUUCUCUGCACAGACGCCCUGAUUCGGAUUCCUCUGCAGAAGUUCCGUUCCAUCCGUCGUUCCAUCACGGACUCUGGGAAAGACUUGGGCCAGAUCAUGGGCGACAGCCGAAGCCUCAAAUACAACCAGGGCUACCCCCUGAAUGCCCCUACACCCGAAACGCUUACCAACUACCUGGAUGCUCAGUACUAUGGGGAGAUCACCUUGGGUACCCCCCCUCAGCGCUUCACUGUGGUCUUUGACACUGGCUCUUCAAACCUGUGGGUGCCUUCAGUGCACUGCUCCAUACUGGACUUUGCCUGCUGGGUCCAUAAGAAAUACAACGGGGCCAAGUCCAGCACUUAUGUGAAGAACGGCACAGCCUUCGCUAUUCAGUACGGCUCCGGGAGUCUGUCUGGGUACCUGAGCCAGGACACCUGCAGCAUUGGGGGCUUGGCAGUGGAGAAGCAGGUCUUCGGAGAGGCCAUAAAGCAGCCAGGAAUCACCUUUGUCGCUGCUAAGUUUGACGGGAUCCUGGGAAUGGCAUAUCCUCGGAUCUCUGUGGACGGAGUGGCUCCGGUGUUCGACAACAUGAUGAGCCAGAAGAAACUGGACCAGAACAUCUUCUCCUUCUACCUCAACAGAAAUCCAGACACUCAGCCUGGAGGAGAGCUGCUGCUCGGAGGAACUGACCCUAAAUACUUCACUGGAGACUUCCACUAUGUCAACAUCACCAGACAGGCCUACUGGCAGAUCCACAUGGACGGGCUGAAGGUGGGAGCUCAGCUGGGUCUGUGUAAAGGAGGCUGUGAGGCGAUCGUGGACACGGGCACCUCCCUGAUCACUGGACCUGCUGCAGAAGUGAGGGCUCUGCAUAAGGCCAUUGGAGCCCUGCCCCUCAUCCAGGGAGAGUACAUGGUGAGCUGUGAUAAGGUGCCCACUCUUCCCUCUAUCACCUUUAACAUCAAUGGCCAGUCCUACACUCUGACCGGAGACCAGUACAUCCUCAAGGAGUCCCAGGCAGGUAAAACCAUCUGCUUGAGCGGCUUCAUGGCUCUGGACAUCCCCCCUCCGGCUGGGCCCCUCUGGAUCCUGGGGGACGUCUUCAUCGGACAGUACUACACAGUGUUUGACCGCGACAACAACCGUGUCGGCUUCGCUCCCGCUAAAUAAACACAAAAUAUAUACGUUAACAAGACGAGACCGGGACUUGGACCGGGGGGCUACUAUGACCGGGACUUUGACAUUUUUAAGAUAUUUUAGACUGGUGUCAAUGUGUUUUGUUAUUUCGAGCAAAGUGUCAAAGUAGCCACUGGAUAAAAAAAUGUGUAGCUUGUAGAUCAUUUUCCUUGAGAUCGACAACACAUAAACACAAAACACUAUAAAGACAAUAUAUAAACCAGUUUGAAAUGUGAUGAAAGAAACUGGAUUAAUCCUGUAGACCUGUAAUUGGCAUUUAUUGUUGGACUGGACUUUUGACCAGGACUUGGAUUGGGUCUUGGUCUUCGACUUGGACCGGAACUUGAACUUGGACCGGGACUUUACCAGAGCUGCGGACAAGGUGUAGGGACCCUAAUCUGGUCACUCCUAAACCUACAAACAAUCCUAUUAGAACACAGUAUAAGCAGAAAUGGGUAUUUUAACCAUUUUUGAGCUGCUGUUGGUGUUGAUCACAAAAUUUAGAAAUUAUGAUUCAUCCUAAAACCAUUUUAGGAAUAUUACAUACUCAACAUUUUCUGUUUGCCUUUAAACGGACAGCAAUUUAGAUUUUACCAUCACUGAAAAAUGUUGGAUAAAAUUUUAUAAAUCAAAGCUAUUUGAACAUAACACUUUAUAUAUUUGGUUCGCAAUAAUAAAAAAUGACCAGUCUCUACUUCCUCAAUGUAGAAAGCUGUGUUUUGUUGUUCUCUCUCUGCUCUGUGAACACGGCUUAAACUCAUUUAGCUCAAUCUUUGCACUGACAUAUUUGAAAUUUUAUUGUUCAGAUUUGUAAAGGAUCGAAUGUUGAGAAAUGUUAGAAAUGUUGAUGCUUUUUUGUGAAUUUUUGGGUCUGAUUUUGGCAGAAUAUUUUAAGUUUCAGAUGAUAUGAGUUCUGCCUUUUGUGAUAGUUUUAAAUCAGGGACCUGUUUUAAUUAGAAACAUUCAUAAUACACUGCAAAAACAGCUACAUGGGUUAAAAUUACAAUCUGCUUUUUGAUGUCUUAUUUUCAAGCUUAAAGUAGCUUCAGUUGCUUAAAAGAAUACAUGCAUACAUUUUUGUAGCUUGUAAAUAUUUUCCUUGGUAUGUACAAUAUAUAAACAAAUACGAAAUGUGAAGAAACACAAUAAUAUAAACCUAGAAAUUACAUUUUUAACUUGGUCAUGGGUGGUCAUUUGACCUUGUGUAGGAGUUUUUGGCAGUGUAAUGUUGUUUUCAGUAGAAUGAUGUGUGUUGUUAAUGUAACUACUGUCUGAUUUUGAAGUGAUCAGCCUCAAUAAACUCAUUUU